CAUACUCAUAGUUGCAACACAGGUUGGGUCGGGUUCUACGGGUUCUUUUGUUAGUUAGGGGUCGUUUGGUUUUAGUGAUAGUUAAAUUGAUGCUUGCAUAAUAAUAUACAUGUAUACAAGAAAAUUGAUAUAUUGUAGUUUACAUCAUUUGGUUUCUGUGAUAGUUCUUGAAGUAUUUACCUAAAUAUAUUACUUUUUGGGUGAAAUAUCACUUUUAUACUUUGUUUUUAAUAUAAAAGCAACAUUUAUAAAAAGGUAGGGACAUAGUUGGAACAAAAAUAUCAUCGACAAUCUCAACAAUCUCAUCCAAAACUUGAGAUCUAACUAUCACUCAUUUUGAGUGAUAGUUUGUGUCACAUCAAGAAAAUAAUGCAUGUAUUAUUUGUAUAGAAAAUUCAAAAAAGGAGGCAUUGUAACUAUCACCAAAACCAAACGUUAAUUUGAGCAAAACGACGACAUUUUGUUUAGAGGCCAAAAUUAAUCAUUUGAGUUGGACCAGUGAUCUUUUCAAUUUUAACUGUUUUUAUCGAUUUUGACCACCAUUUCAUACAUGUGAUCUUCCGAUCGGUUUCUGUCCAAUAUCGGUUGAACCUGAUUGUCCGACCAACAUACUAGUGAUUUGAGGAUCAUGAUUCAUGACACUUGAGCCAGUCUAGGAAGCGUAUGCUUGCCUUAGGGGCGUGCAAAGGUUUUGGUUCGGUCCAGACCCGAACAAACUCAUGAGAACCACAAUCAAUUAGUGAAAGACAAGGAUUAGACCAAGGAUCGGAUCAUUAUUGUGUUUGGUUCAUUUGGUAUGGUUCAGUCUAGUCCAAAUAUCAAUUUGGUCCAUCGUUUCUACAGUAAUUGUAAAAUUCAUGUGGACCAAAAUCAGACCACAUUAUACUCGGUCCGGUGCGUUCCGCUCCAAACUCGGGUUUGGUCUGGUGCCGGACCGGACCAUUGCACACCCUACUUGCCCUUAUAGUUGGCGCGAAACCGAACGUUUGGGCCUUUUCGUGAGCCCAAUGCAAAGAGAUCCCGUUGCUUUGGUCCAGACAUGCGUCGUUGGCACUUAACAGUUUUUCCGGGCCCAUUCAGAGUGUCUACCCUAUACACCGACAAAUCCCAGGCCAGGAUUUUCCUUCUUCGGCUACUCGGCUGCGUUCAACUUGCCAGUUUCACUCUUACAAUUUCAGCUGCUGCGUCUUCUUCUUCUGCUGCUGCUGUGGCCAUGACGGAAGUGGCGAGCUCACUGGUGCACGAAGUGCUAGGCAAGCGAUUCGAGGGCGUGGAUCAGCCUAUCGUCGACUACAUCGUGAACGUCCUCGCCGAUGAGGACUUCGAUUUCGGCGAGGAAGGCGAGGGCAUUUUCGAAGCCCUCGGCGAGCUCCUCGUCGGCGCCGAGUGCGUCGCUGAUUUCCCCGAGUGCCGCCUGGUCUGUAGCAAGCUGUCUGAAAAGCUUGGGAAACAUGGGUUGGCAAAGCCGAAACCGGCUGUGCGGAGUCUGACGACACCAUUCAGAAUGAAUGAAGGAAUGGAGGAGGAAGCUGCUCCCAAGAAGAAGCCAGAGCCAGUAGACGGUCCCUUGCUGACCGAACGUGACAAACUAAAGAUAGAAAGGAAAAAGAGAAAGGACGAGCGGCAGCGGGAGGCACAAUAUCUAGUGCAUGUUUCUGAAAUGGAAGCAGUAAGAGCAGGGAUGCCUCGUGUGAGUGUGAAUCAUGACAAUAGUGGUGGAGCUACUGUCAAGGAUCUUCACAUGGAUAACUUCAAUAUUUCUGUUGGUGGUCGUGACCUGAUUGUUGAUGGUUCACUGACACUCUCCUUCGGAAGGCACUACGGUCUUGUAGGAAGAAAUGGUACGGGAAAAACCACUUACUUGAGGCACAUGGCCAUGCACGCCAUUGAUGGUAUCCCUGCAAAUUGCCAAGUUCUGCAUGUUGAGCAAGAAGUAGUCGGGGAUGAUACAACAGCUUUGCAAUGUGUGCUGAACUCGGAUAUUGAGAGAACCCAGCUUAUGGAAGAAGAAGUUCGCUUAAUUGCACAGCAGAGAGAAUUAGAGGUCGAGGAUGCACUUGGAAAUGAGAAAGAUCAGAAUGGGGCUGCCGAGAAAGAUGCUAUUUCAGAUAGGCUUGCACAAAUAUACAAAAGGCUCGAGUUUAUUGAUGCUUAUUCUGCUGAAGCGCGCGCUGCUUCCAUUCUUGCGGGACUCAGUUUCACACCAGAGAUGCAACGCAAGGCAACAAAAGCAUUUUCAGGAGGAUGGAGAAUGAGAAUUGCUCUUGCUCGUGCCUUGUUUAUAGAGCCUGACCUGUUGCUGCUCGAUGAACCCACGAAUCAUCUUGAUCUCCAUGCUGUCCUAUGGUUGGAAACAUACCUGGUGAAAUGGCCGAAGACAUUUAUAGUUGUCUCUCAUGCGAGAGAAUUCCUGAACACGGUUGUUACCGAUGUUAUUCACUUGCAAAAUCAAAAACUCACCUGCUACAAAGGUAAUUAUGAUAUUUUCGAAAGGACACGAGCUGAACAACUUAAGAACCAGCAAAAAGCAUUUGAGUCAAAUGAACGAGUGAGAGCCCAUAUGCAGACCUUUAUUGACAAGUUCCGGUAUAAUGCAAAGAGAGCAUCACUUGUCCAAUCAAGAAUCAAGGCACUAGAUCGGAUAGGUCAUGUAGAUGAAGUUGUUAAUGAUCCUGACUAUAAGUUUGAGUUUCCUACUCCUGAUGAUAGACCAGGACCGCCUAUAAUAAGUUUCAGUGAUGCAUCCUUUGGUUAUCCAGGGGGACCUAUACUAUUUAAGAACUUAAACUUCGGUAUCGAUUUGGAUAGCCGUGUUGCAAUGGUUGGGGCCAAUGGGAUUGGAAAAUCAACAAUACUCAAACUUAUAUCUGGUGAGCUACAACCCAGCUCUGGUACUGUCUUCCAUUCAGCAAAGGUUCGCAUUGCUGUGUUUAGUCAGCAUCAUGUUGAUGGACUGGAUCUAUCUUCCAAUCCCCUUUUGUAUAUGAUGCGCUGCUUCCCUGGAGUACCUGAACAAAAGUUAAGAUCUCACUUGGGUUCUUUCGGAGUGACCGGAAAUCUUGCUCUUCAACCCAUGUACACAUUGUCUGGUGGUCAAAAAAGCAGGGUUGCAUUCGCAAAGAUAACUUUCAAGAAACCACAUCUGAUAUUGCUUGAUGAACCAUCUAAUCAUCUUGAUCUGGACGCAGUGGAGGCAUUAAUCCAAGGACUGGUUCUGUUUCAAGGAGGCAUCGUUAUGGUUAGUCACGACGAGCAUCUGAUCUCUGGAAGCGUGGACGAAUUGUGGGUCGUAUCGGAUGGGAGGAUAGCGCCUUUCCACGGGACCUUCCAGGAUUACAAGAAACUCCUCCACGCUUCUUAAAACUAUCUUUUGGUUGGAUCGCAACAGAUUACGUUGCUGGGGAAGUAUUGGAAGUUAGCCAAUCUAGUAGCUGUUUUCCCUUCUGGCCUGUUGAUGGAAGGAUGGAGUCGCUCAGUAAUGCGAUUUUGAGCUGUUAUUUACCGUGUUUUUAUGAGUACCGGGGAAACAAUUUGGUUUUCAAGCUUGUUUUCUCGUUCUACACAGCAUAGGGCUGGGCUAUAUGUUUUAGUUUUGUUGAAUAUAACCCGGCAGUGUACUUGGCUUGUUCCUUUUGCUAAUAGGGGUGGGCAACUGGUUCGGUAAAUCCGAAUCGAAUCAAACUGAAUUAAAUUGUAUCGAAACCGAAUUAAUGUUAUUCGGUUCGGAAGGAAAAUAUUGAUAGUUUGAAAACCAGGUUCUUCAACCGAACCGAAUUUCUGACCGAAAAAUUGAAAUACUAUAAUUGCAAGCUCCAAUUGCUGGAUUUUUAUGUUUGUAGUUGUUAUUAGCCUUAAAUAUUUGAAAUGUUUUAUGACUUAUGUGUGAAAAAUUUGAUUUUAUCAUCGAUGAUGCAUAUAAUUGCAUAUUUAUUGUUUAUAUUAGGGGUAAAAAAUAAUUUAAAAGUGA